AUGUGGCUGCUGCUAGAGUACGAUUUCAACUUGACAGACAUCCAACUCAUCCAGCUUACUAUCGAGGAUGCUACCACCAAAAAAAGCUUUCAGCCAAUUUCCGCCUUCCGGCGGACGGGGUCAGCCGAAGCCGCGCCGCGCCGCGGUUAUGUGCCUACCUACUCUACUCUCCUGUAUCACCCCCCGAUGUUGCCCUCCUUCCCUUCAUCGGAGUUCCAAGGCCCUGGCUGGUCAAAUUGA